AUGUCGAUGGUGAUAUACAACAUCGGUUUUGGACCCUCAGACGGACCGCUGAGUUGCGAAAAUCGACGCUUAAACGAGAGACGAUACCGAGGGGAGCGCUCGGUGCUCGGUGCUCGGUGCUCAGCGCUCAGCGCCGUCCAGCGUUGCUCUCUCACCCCUGCCACUCUCGGUUCCCACAUCACUCGAAGGCCGCAAGGCAACGACGUCCCUCGAGCUUGGUUCCAUCAGGUCGCCAUUACCUAUUCCGAGAUGUCGCCAGUCCCCCAUGCCUCAGCUACUCGUGGCCAAGCGUCUGAUGCCGAGGUCGACCAUCCGACGGGAGAGGAGACCCCCUGCAUCUCGAAAGGAGCGUCUGUCUCCGAGGGCUCGAACGCAUCGACCAGUGAUCCAGCAACCAGCACCACACCAGCCAAGAAGAAGCCCAAGACCGAUUCUACCGGACAGAAUGGGUGCAGGCGCAAGGGCAAGCUUCGAGCGUUUCAGAAUAUGCCGAUCGACAUCCUUCUUGAGGUGAGUGGGCGUCGGAUGCGCGUGUACGACAUAAAGGCGUCGCCGUGUUCAGCCGAGGAGCCCGUUAAGUCGAGUUCGACGCUCGAGACUUGAGAGCUCCCUAGAACUACCGCGAUCGUAUGUUUUCCAAUCACUGACUCAUUGAAACACGCCUCGUUCCAAAUUGCUUGCCAGAUCGCGCUGCAUCUCGCUCCCGCCACGUUGAUCUCACUUGCUCGCGCUGCUCGAAUCUUCGCCCGCUUGCUGCUGCACGACGCCCACCGCCACGUUUGGUUCGCUGCGAUGGAAAGGACCCAGUUCCCCCAUCUGGAGUCUCAAGCCACGAGAGCGAAUCCACACUCGAUUCGCUAUAUUGCGCGAAUUGUGUUCGACCCUUGCUGUCGUAAGUUCAGCUGCAUUCAGGGUGGCAAAGACGCGCACUGGCGGUGGAGACCCAGUAGGAGCUGACUCGGAUCUGGCCCCCUGUUGACGCCGCUCGAUGCAGAGUUCUGCGAUCGCCGUCGCAAAGCACCCCUCGACCGCGCUCUAUUAAUCCGCGUCUGUAAGGAAUGCCGACAGGCUCAAGUCAAGUCGUCCAAAAGGCUAUCUUGCUAUCGUUUGCAUCCUCGCGCCGAAGCUUGCUCGCUUGUCGCCUACGACUUCGCAGUUCCCAGACGCGGGCCUGAGGCUGUGUACAAUCUCGACGAGAUUUCGGCGGUCAACUCAGCCCUAUUUCACAUCGACACGGCGAGCACCCUCCAGAAUCCGAUUGACCAAAAGUCGUUGCCCCUCAACACGGCCUACUACCUGCCCAAGCCCUCAGGAGAUCCCGCGCUCGGCAAGAGGGCUCUCGAAGACUACCUCAAGGACCGCGCAGAAUAUGUGGAUGCGGUACAAUCUGACGAAUCUAGUCUUGCUAGGUACGAGAAGGUGUUAAAAGCGUUGAAGAAGCAAGACAGUGCGAACGUAGCGGCUUUAAAGUCACAGGUGAAGGCACAGAGGCUCAAAGACAUCACCCAAAGACUGGUCGAGGCUGGGGUGGACCCACGGGACGUCCCUGUCGAGCAUCCGUUCCUGAACAUUGCUCGACGAAUGCCGAAAGAGAGUUGGGUGACCGCCAAGGAUCGAUUGUUGCAAGCUUCCGAGUAAGCUAACAUAUUGUGGUCAUACCAGUCAACCCUGAACUCAUCAACCUUUCUCCAUCUCCAUCCCCACAGGCACAACAAAACCUCGCGCCUUCGCGACGAGCGAGGUCAUGAAUUUGCGCAGCGUUUGGCGACUUUCCUCGCGACCCAGAUGACCGACCACGCUCUGACUAUGCCCGCACUGAAUGACGUGCUGUUUAAUGUACGUGUGAAAGCGAUGUGGCAACCGGCUCAUGUGAUCGUGGACGAUUCGUCUUUCUCGGCGAACCAGGAAGCGCUUCGUCAAGUCGUGAUCGAGCUUUGCGCACCCCGGCGUUUGAGCUAUUUUUGCAUGGCUGCGGACGCCAUGAAUCAUCUACGUUGCGGCGUCGACGCCACUCUGUUUGAAAAGGCGCGCCGUCUCGAACCUUUCCGCUAUGCUCUCGAGGACAACCAUCAGGGCGAGGCUUUGAGCGAAGAGGAAUUGCUCAUGGUAGACGCGGUGCUCGCCGAUCCGCACAUUCACUUCACGUGCUGCGCCAAGUCAUGGACUUACGUCGAGCUCGAGGCCCAUGUAGCAGAGAACAACGCGCAUCAGAUGGGGGGAGCUUUAUGCGGGUGGAAGAACUUUGAUAAGCGCAACAUUCCUUACGACAAGGUCAAGGUGGAAUGCUCUCGCGAAAUCUGCCGCAUCGUGAGACGUUGCCAAGGUGCUGCGUAUCGACCGACCUUCAUCCGAGGCGCUGAACAGCUUGGGAAGUAUCUUCAUGUGCUCCUGUGGUUACGGGUCGAUGACGUGGGAUGA